AUGAGUGUCCCACGUGCGAGGUUGUUGGACCUCAUGAAGGCCCAAUGCGAAGUAUUUGCGACAGUAUUUAACCCGGAGGGAGUGAGGACGGGCAACAAGAUCCUGCGCCAGCGACUGAAGGGACCUGCUAUCGCCGACUACUACCCACGCAAGGUUGCGACCGUCAAGGAUGUGCAGAGGGAGUUUGGUCCUCAUGUCACAACUCUAGACUUGGAAGAGAUGGACCGCUUGGAACACAUUGCCGGACUGAAGGCCAGAGGAAAGAGCGCGCCGAAAAAGAAGAAGACGAAGAGUAAGUCAUCUCGUUUGUUGCCUCCAAUUGGAUGGUUACGCUGA